UUUUCGUUGAUGAGAAAGAAAGAGGUGUGAAGAUUGAUGCAGAGGAAUGAGGAUCCUCAUUUAUCAGAGGGGUAGAGUGUCAGACGGAGGCAGAGGGAAAUAGAGGAGGCGACCGAAAGAAGAAAAGAUUGAGGAGGCUCGGCAGAUUGGAGUGGACCUGCAAAGGCACUGAACCAAGUAUGUGAUUUUACAUCUGUGUAAAAUUUUUGGCACUGCAAAGGCAUUAUGGCACUGAGGAAGAAAUUGUGCGAGAGUUCCAAUUUCAAUGGCAAAAUUAUGUACAGCUUUGCAAGGUAUUACAGCUCAAAGAUGGACUUAAGGAAGCUAAAGGCUAUGAUUCAGAAGAGAAUCCAAAACUGGGCUAAAGGUUACCCAGUGCCUGCCAUGGUACCAGUGGCCGAGGAGGUCCUUGAUUCCCGGAGGCUUGUUAUGCAAGGUGUCUCUACUCUCCUCAAAAUGAUAACAGUUUUGGCCUGCAAGUUCUGUCCAGAAGUGUAUAUAGGUGAGAAAGGCCACUUAAUUCAGACAUGUUGUGGUUUCAAACAUCGUGGCAAGAAUCGGGUUCAUGAAUGGAUAGUUGGUGGUUUGAAAGAUGUGCUUGUUCCAGUAGAGGCAUUUCACCUUAAGCACAUGUUCCAGGAUAUUAUAAAACACCAUCAGAGGUUUGACUUUGAACGUGUUCCCGCAGUUGUGGAGCUAUGCUGGCAAGCAGGUGCAAAUGAUGGAAAUCAUUUAAAUUGGAACUCAGGAAGUGAUUGCCUUGGUGUUGAUGGAGUUGAGUCUUUGUCACCCGAUGAGCUGAUUCUGGUUGCCAGUGGAACUUUGAGGGCAUGGGAAAUGUUUAGAGAUGGUGUGGAAAAGUUACUGAUGGUUUAUCGAGCAGAAGUCUGUAAACAUUGUUCAGAAGUUCAUAUUGGGCCAUCUGGCCAUAAAGCUCGACUUUGUGGAGUGUUUAAGUAUGAAAGUUGGCAGGGAACCCAUUUUUGGAGAAAGGCAAAUAUGGAUGAUCUUGUGCCUCCAAAGACUGUAUGGCGGUGGAGGCCUCAAGAUCCUCAAGUACUUUUGAAUGAAGGGAGGGGAUUUUAUGGGCAUACUGCGGCAGUGGUAGAACUAUGCACACAGGCAGGUGCCAUUGCACCGCCAAAGUAUCACUGUAUGAUGAAACUGCAGGGUGUAAGUACCACACUUGGAGAUCAAAGAUUGUUCCACCCAAAUGCUCAAAUGUAUAUGUCGGUUGAUUCCAAGGUAAUUGAACCCAGCAGAAGCUCCCCAGGGCUGCCAGAUCACAGAUGUGUGUAGAAUUGGAAGCUGUGAUGCUUGGUGAUGUAAAAUGGGAAAGUAAAGCCCCACAGAAGCUCCCUUAGUAGACGGCCUUAUCUUCAUUCUUGAGAGUGAUUGUAACAUCAGAUGACUGACAACGGAGUUCAAGAUGGAUCGCAACAUCAACUGAACGCGUAUUGCCCCCUUUCAGUUGGAGCUUGAAAGGGCAGAGCAAAUAGUAGUUUUGCUUAAGCUAUUGACACAGAAACAAGAAUGCAUAGUAGAAAGAGUGAAAGCAUGAAAGGAGUUAAGCGCAUCCGAAAUUUAAUUAGGCUUUUCUUGUAUUUGAUGAUGUUAUAGAUGGUUAAUACAAAAUAAUUGAAAUGCGUAACGAAAUUGAAUAUAAAUUUUCAGUGCUAAUGACUAGUUUAA